GCCGACUCUAGCGGGGUCAUUUGGAAGUACAAGAAUCCCUACUUGCUUUGACACCAGUGGUUUCACACAAAAAGAGUAGCUGCUUCCUAACACGGUCGCCAUGGCGAUCCCACCGCCUUUGGGUCCAUACCCGAGUGGUUCCGCCUUCAGCGGUGUGUUGCCCUCCACGAUUGGGCUUCCGGUGGCGCCCUUCGGACUACAAGUGCAUGCUGAAGACUGCGUUGAUCAGGGCGCAUCACCUAGACCUGCACCGGAGUCACCGAGAUCGCCAAGGAGGUUGAACAAAAGCCAGGAGGUCUACAUUCAGCGCGUGGGAGACCCCAGUCACUUCAAGCCGGCCCCCACUUCAGCCUCCCUGGGGCGCCGCCGCUCCGUGGCCAGCGGCCCUACCGGCGGCGCACGGGCGCGGAGUGAGGUGGUCGAACGGGGCCCGUGGCCACGGGGACUGUCCGCGUGCGCGGUGAAUGCGUGUGCAGUGCCGGAGGUCUUGAAGUUGGAGAAGUUGGGAGAGGAGGCUGAGAUCUUUGAACUCUGUGUCGGGGCGGAGCGUGGACGUGUGCUUUACAGGGCCGUGGCGGGGCUUCUUCAGGGCGUGCUGCUCGGGAUUCUGCUGGCGGCACUGCUGGUCGAGAUCGAACGCCCAGGUUCAGGAGGCGUUGCCUCGCUCAGAUGUUUCACCUUGGCACUGACCGAGUCCUGCUUUACGUUGAAUCUUCUUCGAGCGCAUGAUGGCUAUGCGCAUGGCCUGCAAGGGGAGGACCGCGAUGGCUCUGGAAGCCGCCGAAGAGCCUGGGAGCUAGUGGCCCAUGCGGCGGUGCUGGCGGUGAUGAAUGCAGUAGGGCUGCUGUGCUGCUUGCUGAGUGAGAUGCUUUCAGAUGAAGUGAGGGCCAGUCUGCUUCCCGUGCAAGUUGGCUUCGGACUCCUAGCACUGUGGCCUGCCUUGCUGGACCUCCAAAAGCUCGGCUCAACGCGGCUUCCAACCCAUGUGCUGCAAGCCUUGCUGGGCCCUCCACUCCCACCUCCGCAGAAGUGGACCACGACACGGAGCCCACGCGGACUUGUGGAUCGCCCCCGUGCGGAUCGCUGAGGAUCCGAAGCUUUGGCUUUCGGUGAAGCCAUGACAGGAGAACAGGGAGAAGAGGCGAAGCCAGCCAAGCAUUGACGAACGCUUUUGCCAACUGACAUUCCUGGAGAAAAGCCAAGAUGUGAAGUCCUGUUUUGUGGACCCCUGCCCAAUCCAAGCAGCGAAAUACCAAGAAACUGAAGAAAGAGAGCUGGGAGAAGGGAAGUGGAAGAAGAGAACUGGAAGAAGAGAACUGGAGGAAGGGAACUGGAGGCAGGGAACUGGAGACAGCUAAUGACUGAAGCCAAUGUUGCACCCAACUGCUGUGGUCUUAUGGACAUCUCGCUCGGCCUCACGAUACGGGCCAAGUUGAGGUGGAAUGUUGGCAUGUCCAGCAAAGACUGGAUCAGAGUGGCAGCUUUUUGGCGCCUGAACAAAAGUAUACAUGGA